AUGCGGGUCGGCCUCCUGUGCCUCGCGCUCGCCUCCAGCAGCGCGGACGGCUCCUCGAGCGCGGUCCUCGAGGCGGGAGGAGAGGCACGAGCAACGAGCGGCACUUGGUACGUGUACCAGCCGCAGCUGCGCUACGCAAGCGCCGGCGGCGCGGCGAUGCACGAUCUGUGUGGCGAGUUGCUGCGGCAGGGGGCGAAAUGUAGGAUGGCGUAUGUAAAUCCCAAGCUCGCCCAUGUGGUCGGACCUCCGGCGCUCGCAGCGGCGGCCAACAUGACGUUGGAUGAAGUAGCAGCGCUCUGGGCGCGGGGACUGGACAGAGACGACACGCUCGUCGCGCCCGAAGUCGCGCCCGAGUUCGUGCCGAUUCCGUUUGACGCGCAUAUCCCUCAUUCGCAGGGUAGGUCCGAUGCGCGUGACGUGGCAAGAAACGUGCAAGCGCUCGAGCAGCGCGGCGGCGUGAUCGCGCGGUGGAUGCUGGGGGCGGCCCAGGACUGGGGCGACCGCGUGUCGGAGGAGAUAUCCGUCCACAUCGGAGCCUCGUCGUACCUCCACGACACUUUCGGCGGCGCCGGUCCGGGCCCCGUAAGCGUGUGGCCGCUCGAGGCCGCUCUGGUACAUCGCGCGACGGCUUGGCUCGCAAGCGGCGACGCAGAAAGGGCGGCGCGGAAGAUGAACGAAGAAGGCCGUGCGGUCGUCGUCCUCGACGACGACGUGGACUUGGACGUCAAAACGCUCCAGCGUGCCCUCGACCGCGCGUCUCCCAAUACGGCGCGGGCGGUCCGGUUCUCGGGAUUUUCCAGAGAGGAGGCCUACGCGCUUUUCGAGAGGACCUCGGUCUACGUCGAUUUGCAUCUGCCCGGUCUGGAAGCGGGCGUAUGCGAGUUCGCCAUGUUUGGCGCGCGAGUGGUCCUGACGGCGUUCGGGCACGGCGAGGCGCGCGAAUACCCGUCUUCGUGGAUUCGCGUGCUGGAGGAUGAUGCUGAUACCGUCGCGAAGGCGGCGUUAGCGAGCCUAUCUUCGCCGGCAAACGAGAGCUACGCGUACGGCGCAUGGUGCCGAGGCAUCCCGGCGCGCUUCGGACCCGGCGUCGCCGCCUGGCGCGCGUCGCGGGCGACCGCCUUCGUAACCUACGCGGCAGUGGGUCCGGACUUCGCCGCGCUGGCGCCGCUCUUCGUGUCCAUGGUGGUGCGGCACGCGUUCUCGACGCUGACGGUCGUCGUCGCGACGCCGGAACAGCGCAACGCGUUCUGGCAGCGCUUCGGCCCGGCGACGCGCGAGGCACUGCGGCGGCUCGGGCUACUGCGGAGGAUACGUGUUGCGGCGUGCGAGAGCUGCUUCGGCGUCGCCGGGCUGGCGGCGGCCGCGCUCGACCACGCGCGAGAUACGUCGGAACUGGCCGUCCUGCUCCCGCCUCGUGCGCAUGCGCCGCGGGCUGAAGCAAUCCGUGCCGCCUUAAGUACGGCCCGGCCUGGCGGCUGCGCCGUCGCAGCCACCUUCGCCGCCUGCGGCCGCGGCGCGACGGACGAGGCCGUGGCCGUCGCCGACGCCCUCCGCGCAGCGCCCCCCGCACCGCCCGGCGAUUGCGCCGACAUGUGGCGCCACGCCCUCUGGCGGCAGAUUGCGCCGACACUCAGCCCUCCGUCGCGCACGUUCUUUGAAGCUGAGUGCAAGCAGCAAGCCCAACCAAAUGCUUCGAUUCAAAUGGCAGCAGAUUAUGAGCUCCGCGCCGUUUGUCCAAACGAACAUUACCGCCUCUCUGCGCGGCGUCGCUACGAAUGGAACUCGCGCGCGCCGGACCAUUUGACGCAGAAUCCGAGGUUUGACUUUGGUCUCAACGCAUCGCUGCUCGAGAUCGGCGGGCCGACGCCCCACGCCGGGUUCAUCUACGACUCCGUCGCGCGCGCCGACAACGUCGCGGAGCGGAACAUCUUCGCGCUCAUGCACCAGUGGGGAGCAUACCCGGAGGAGGGCGACUUUGACGGCCAUCCCUUCGCGCCCAUGGGCACGGUCAUGGGCACGACGUACCAGCGCCACGCGGCGCGGCUAGUUGGAGUGCCAGACGCUGCUUACGACGUGAUUAUGGCGUCGCACGUCCUCGAGCACAUGUUGGACCCGAUUGGCGCGCUGCGCGAGUGGGACCGGAAAUUGAAACCCGGGGGGUGGAUGCUGUUGCUCCUGCCCUGGGCGCCAAACGUCGACUACGACGCGCGGCGGGAGCCGGCCACCAUGCAGCAGCUCGUUCAUCUCGCUCAGCGCGACGCAUCCUUCGACGCCAAGAUCCUCUCGCGCCACGCGGAGCAGCUUCUUCUUGUGUGGCCCAAGUUGAACCGCUCGGACCUCUUCUCGCGAUGCGCGCCUGGCGUGGACGCGGGCGAUGCCUCCUGCGGCGUCGACGAGAACAGGGGACACUGGCACGUCUGGGACUUCGAUCUGCUCCAGGAGGCCGUUGAGGGCUGUCUCGGCUACGACCUCGAGGUCAUGACUCUCCAGGACCCGUGGCACCAGAUCGUGCUGGCGCAGAAGCCGUCUUCUGCCCCCCGCUCAGAAGAGAGCUCAGCUUAA